AUGUCCCGUCUCAUCCUCGCCGCGGCCUUCUUGGCUGGCGUCCAAGCCCAAUCCUCUUCGACCCAGGUCACCGUCGUAGUCCCCCCGACUACCACCGUCACCCCUGGCACCGUGUCCACCGUGACGCCUGCCGGUACCACCGUCAUUGGCUCCGGCACUGACACCACUGUGACCGUUCCGGCAUCUUCCACCGUCUCCGUGGGAACCGACUCCUCCGUUGGGACCGUUUCCUCCGUGGUCACUUUGCCGGGAAGCGACACCGUCACGGUCUCCGCGCCGACAUCCACCACCGUGAUCACAGCCACGGACGCUUCUGGUGCUACUACCAUCCCAGUCACCACUUCAACUUCCUCCUUCAUCGACCCCGGCUUGUCUCUCUCCACGACCUUUACCACGACCACCGACACAACCAUCCUCACCGUCCCUCCGGCGGUCAACACCUCCCUUCCGGUGCCCCCGGUUGAUCCCAACCAAACCUUCAUUUCGACCACAGUCGUCAUCGGAAACUCGACGACCGUGAUCCCCUUCGUCCCGAUCCCGCCUACAGUCGCCCCCGUGCCUCCUCCUAACAACGGCACCGGCCCUCCGUUCAACAACGGCACAGGCCAGCCCACCAUCACCCUCCCUCCUCCCGUCGUGACCAUCCCUCCCCCCACCGUCACGACGACAUGCAACUACAACGGCACCUGCAACAUCGUCACCCUCCCGCCUUGCAUCACGGUCACAACCUGCUACGCCAACGGAGCCUGUGUGCCCGUCACAACCAUCACCUACCCCAUCACGACUCCCACACCUCCUAUCGUCCUCCCUCCUCCUACGACUCAGCCGUACGUGACCACCGCCACACGCUGCCGCUUCAACGGAACCUGCGAGACCAUCACCAGAACCUACCCCGUCCCGCCUAUUGUCACCACAGGCCAGACCACCAGGACCAGAACUUAUACUACCUGCGAUGCUAGCUGCCGCGUCGUCACGACCGUCCAAACCUCAAGCUACACCCGUGUCAUCCCCCCUGCCAGCUUCACCACCCGUGCUACUGUGCCCGGAACUCCCCAGCAACCCUCUCAACCUGGUGUCCCUGGCACCCCUCAACAGCCUACUCAGCCCGGCGUUCCUGGAACUCCUCAGCAGCCCACUAUCCCCGGACAACCCCCUGCUCAACCCUCCGUCCCGGGAACUCCUCAGCAGCCUUCCCAGCCCGGUGUCCCCGGCACCCCCCAGCAGCCAACCCAGCCCGGUGUCCCCGGCACCCCCCAGCAGCCUUCUCAACCUGGUGUUCCCGGUACUCCUCAGCAGCCAACCCAGCCCGGCGUGCCUGGAACUCCCCAGCAGCCUACUCAACCUGGCGUCCCGGGAACCCCUCAACAGCCAACCCAGCCGGCCGGCCAGCCCCCUGUCACCCCGGGUAAGCCUACUACUGCCGUGCCACCCGUUGCCACCGGCACCAGCCCUGGUUCAAGCCCGACGCCGGUGGUCACCGCCGGCCAGAAGGCCCUGCGUGUCGAGAUGAUGAGCUUGGUUGGAGCCAUCGCCGCGGGCAUGCUCCUGUUUUAA